AUGGCGAAUUGCAGAGUGAUGCUGGUGUCAUUUCCGGAGCUUCGAACACUCACAGUAGAGUUUCAAAUUGGGAUAAGAUCUUCAAACAUUAUGGCUUCACUUAUUAAAAUCACCUAUAUUUCUUUUCUACUUUCUUUGCUAGCAUUGUGUUUUCUAUCUAAUGCCAAUGCUAGUGCUAAUCAUACAUCAACGUUAGUUGUUGAUGGAUCCAAGGGUUCUGGAAGACAAAUUCCAGAUACAUUCUUUGGAGCAUUCUUUGAAGAAAUUAAUCAUGCUGGGGCAGGAGGGCUUUGGGCAGAAAUGGUUAGAAACAGAGGGUUUGAAGCCGGAGGUGCAAAUGUUCCAUCAAAUAUUUAUCCAUGGACAAUUAUUGGAGAUGAAUCAUCCAUUCUUGUGUCAACUGAUCGCACUUCUUGCUUUGAAAGAAACAAGAUUGCACUUCGUAUGGAAGUUCUUUGCAAUGCCAAAUCAUGCCCUAACAAUGGUGUUGGAAUCUCUAACCCUGGAUUCUGGGGCAUGAACAUUGAGGAAGGGAAGAAGUAUAGAGUUAUCUUCCAUGCUAGGGCACUUGGACCACUUGAUCUAAAGGUCUCGUUAGUGGGAGAUGAUGGUGUCAGUGUUGCUUCAACUCAAGUCGGAAGGGAUGGAAGUUAUGCUUAUAAGUGGACGAGAAUGGAGACAACAUUGGAAGCCAAUGCUACAAAUCAUAAUUCAAGCCUUCAAAUUACCACAAAUCAUAGAGGUGUUAUAUGGCUAGACCAAGUCUCAGCUAUGCCCUUAGACACACACAAGGGUCAUGGUUUUAGAAAGGACCUGUUUCAGAUGGUUGCAAAUUUAAAGCCAAAAUUUUUCAGAUUUCCGGGUGGUUGCUAUGUGGAAGGAGGUUAUCUAAGAAACGCAUUCCGUUGGAAAGACAGUGUGGGAGCAUGGGAGGAGAGAGCUGGUCACUUUAAUGAUGUUUGGCAUUAUUGGACUGAUGAUGGUUUUGGUUUCUUUGAGGGUCUCCAGUUUGCAGAGGACGUUGGUGCAUUGCCAGUAUGGGUAUUUAACAAUGGUAUCGGCCUUCAUGACGCCGUGGAUACAUCUGCGGUUCUACCAUUUGUGCAAGAAGCCCUUGAUGGCAUUGAGUUUGCAAGAGGCUCUCCCGAUUCAACUUGGGGUUCUGUUAGAGCUUCAAUGGGGCAUCCUCAACCAUUUGAUUUGAGAUUUGUUGCCAUUGGAAAUGAAGAAUGCGGCAUGCCAAACUAUCUAGGAAACUACCUGAAGUUCUAUUCAGCGAUAAAGCGUUCUUAUCCAGAUAUUCAGAUAAUCACAAACUGUGAUGGUUCUGGGCAGAACUUAGACAUGCCUGCAGAUUUCUAUGAUUUUCAUAUUUACACAAACGCUGAAGAUAUGUUUUAUAAGAAUACCAAGUUUGAUGCUGCACCACGAUCUGGACCAAAGGCUUUUGUAAGUGAAUACGCUGUUUGGAAGGAUGAUGCCCGCGAUGGAACACUUUUAUCUGCAGUGGCUGAAGCUGCAUUCCUUAUUGGAUUGGAGAGGAACAGUGAUCUUGUGCACAUGGUUAGCUAUGCACCACUUUUUGUCAAUAACAACGACAGGAUGUGGACCCCAGAUGCAAUUGUGUUUAACUCGCAUCAACAUUAUGGAACUCCAAGCUAUUGGAAUCAACAACUAUUUUCCGAAUCUAGUGGAGCAACUUGGCUCAAUUCCACACUCCAAACUUCUUCCACUAAACUCGUAGCAUCUGCAAUUGAGUUUAAUAAUUCCGAAGAUAAUAAGACAUAUAUUAGAAUAAAGGCUGUGAACUUUGGAGAUGACCCCGAGAAUCUCAAGAUUUCAAUAAAUGGGUUGACUUCAAAUGUUCAAAAAUCUGGAUCGAAAAUGAUGGUGCUCACAGCACCUAAUGUAAUGGAAGAGAAUUCUUUCUCUGAGCCAAACAAGAUUGUACCACAACACACGUUGCUGUUGAAUGCAAAUAAGGACAUGGAUGUCACACUUCCUCCUUAUUCAGUUACAUCUCUUGAUCUGUUAAGAUAG